AUGUCUGGCUUGGAUGCAAUCAUUAAUCGCAAAACUCCUAGUCCAUGGGAGCUGUUCAGGACCAAUCCUAGCCUUUAUAUAGCCUCAAAUCUAUAUAAUAUUCUCAGCCAACAACUGCCGCGUCCUUUGUCUUCUCCCGUCCGCACCAUAUGCGUAUCAGGCACUCACAACACCGACAUAUCUGCCCUGAUACCACCCGGUGAUAUCCUCAUUCACGCAGGUGAUAUCACUCAUUCUGGCACUCCCCGUGAGCAUGGCAUCAUCUAUCUGGAGGAUGAGGCUCACACUAUCCAAGUGCGCGGUCGCGUUAACUCCUUGAUCUGCGCUUCCUGGAUUUUGGCUCCCCCCCGUCCUCUUGGAUUCUUGGAUGAGGUAUUGUGA